AUGUCAACCAAGGCCACGACCAAGGUUGACGCGUUCAAGGACGCGUUCUACCAAACUGCUCGGAAUACACCCUCUUCCCAAAAGGCCCAGCAAGAGAUUAAGCAGGUUUUCAUGAAGCCGACAAAACUCGUACGCGCAUGCGUCUUCCAGGAGCACCACAAGUUCCCCGCUACAGAGGCAGCUGCAGCCUCCAAGUUGCUGACCGGGGGGGAUCGCGCAUUGUUUACCUUCAUGCAAGUUUUAGGAAAACAACUUGGUUUCAAACUGUAUCUCACAAAUGUCUGUUACAAGGUAACGGGUGAUAUGAUGACAGAACAUCGGCAACGCGGUUACGGUUACAGAUACGGCGACUACGGUUUCGAUUACGACGUUUUUGGUGAUGACGGUCCUGGCAACAGCGACGAGGAGGCAGAGAACUAUAGUAUGGAGGACGCAGAAGAAGAAGGCUACUCAAUUGAGGUUAAAGCAGUGGUUGAUUUGGACGGCAUGCCUGUUAGCCUCCCGAAACUCGACUUAGACGAGGCCAACAUUGUGAAUGGGAAGCUUGACAGUGGCAAACCAGACCAGAAGAAGUUUUACUAUGAAGAUGGACACUGCGGAGAGUUGGUCCAUUUGUGGAAUCGAACAGUUCUGCUUAUAAUACCAAUCACAUCUGAUGUGAAGGCCGUCACGGGCGAUGUCUUACAUUACGCUUGCCAUGCUCUGCAAGUAUCUCAGAGCCGCUCCUCCAGUGACAAAGAGAAGCAGCUGCUCGCCGGCCUUGUUCGUUCUUGCACCAACCGAGCCGCUAGUUUAGCCUCUGGAGACCAGACGUCAUAUGGAACCGUCAAAGUCUCUGUUGAGCUGUCGAUUAGGUGGAAAGAUGUCUCUACUUUCCUUCGCGUAGGCCAAGUGUGCAAUCUGACGACGCAUACUGACGCCCUCCUCGACCCCGAAGGAUUCGCUUCAGUCUAUCGGGCGUUCCCUGCCCAAUGGGAGUCGCUGAAGGAAAUCUUUUCCAAAGUAGUCGAGCACUCUAGUUCUAACCUGACCCGAGGAGCUCUCCUUGAGAAGAUCUCUGCCGCGGCAAAGGGAAAGAAGGGUGUCGCUGCUGUAACUGCUUGGCACAAGAUUCAGAACGGAUUCAUCUUAUCCAACCUCAAACUGCUUCAACCUGACGAGGUGGAGUGGUUGACAGGUGUUGUCAAAAAACAUGACAUCAACUUCUUUCGCGAUAUACUCUUGCCACAACUUCGGAAUCAACCACACGAGAAAAAGUUCUGGUUCCCUUUUAUCAAGGCUCUCAACUGGGAGAAGGCUGGCAUCUCAACGCUUGAAGCAACAGAAGUGAUAUCGUUAUGUGUACGACACGUCGUAGACAAAACCUCCGCAUACCCCCAGAAACCAUACGACCCCCGUGACGAGGACGACGUGCCCAAGCUGUUGUGCAGGCUACUCCGAGGCAAAGUUCAGUGGUGA